UGCGGAGUCUCGUCACAGCCCCAGAAACUACAGCACCCUAGCUUUCUUUCUACUCCAUCAAACUUCAUUUUCUCUUCCUCAAAAAUUCAUCAAACAGUUCAGUUACAGUGCUGAUAUGGUGAUGAGGAUGAGGUUGGCAUUGCUGGUACUUUUCUCUCUAGCUGUCACGCCAUUGCUGGCUCGAGCUGUGGACAUCCAUCAGCUGAGGCAGUUGGCAGCUCGGAACAAUGUGACGUGCAUCUUGGUGUUUGGGGAUUCCAGCGUUGAUCCCGGAAACAACAACCAACUUGAUACUAUGAUGAAGGGAAACUUCCCUCCAUAUGGGAAGAACUUCCUCAACGGCCGCCCCACGGGGAGGUUCAGUAAUGGAAGACUGGCCACUGACUUCAUUGCGGAGGCAUUGGGUUACAGAAACAUAAUUCCAGCCUUUCUUGACCCACACAUACAGAAGGCAGAUCUGUUACAUGGAGUUAGUUUUGCAUCAUCUGCUUCCGGUUACGAUGACCUCACCGCCAAUCUCUCGAAUGUGUUCCCAGUUUCCAAACAGUUGGAGUAUUUCCUGCAUUACAAGAUCCACCUGAGGCAACUGGUGGGAAAGAAGAAGGCAGAGGAAAUACUCGGAAGAGCACUAUUCGUUAUGAGUAUGGGCACAAAUGACUUCCUCCAAAACUACUUCCUGGAACCCACUCGCUCGGAGCAGUACACUUUGGAAGAAUAUGAGAAUUACUUGAUCUCUUGCAUGGCUCAUGACAUUGAGGAGAUGCAUAGACUAGGCGCUAGAAGACUGGUGGUAGUUGGGAUACCCCCAUUGGGGUGCAUGCCACUAGUGAAGACACUAAAGGACGAGACAAGCUGUGUGGAAAGUUACAACCAAGCAGCCGCCUCAUUCAAUUCUAAGAUCAAAGAAAAAUUGGCCAUCUUAAGAACAUCCUUAAGGUUAAAGACUGCAUAUGCAGAUAUAUAUGGGACGGUAGAACGAGCGAUGAACAACCCCAAACAAUACGGUUUUACGGUGACAACAAAGGGGUGUUGCGGGUCGGGGACGGUCGAAUAUGCGGAGUCAUGCAGGGGGUUGAGCACCUGUGCAGAUCCAAGCAAGUAUCUGUUCUGGGAUGCUGUUCAUCCCUCAGAAAACAUGUACAAAAUUAUAGCAGAUGAUGUUGUGAAUUCUCUUGACCAGGAUCUCUUGCUCUAAGGAUCAUUUGUGUUGGCAGUAACUUUGAUCUUGAACUUGGUGCUAAUGGUUUCUAUCAUGUUUUUUAAUGUUGGAGAUAGACAAGAAAGAGCUCCAACUUAAUGUUUGUUUACACAUGCUUUCUCCGAACCUUUGAUUAAUUGUCUAUCACUAUGACAAAUGAAUAGGUUUGAUUUGUCUAAGUCUGAAUAAAAGAACCGAAUUUAAAGUCA